CAGUACAUGUGCCUCCUACCUUACCACCUUACUACCUGACCUGAGGUACCUAACCUCCAGACCUGCCUGACCCUCCAGCCCGGCGCCGCUCCUCUCCUGCUCAGGUACCUGACCGGCACAUCCUCACGCCCUCCAUCUAUCACUUCCCGUCCGCUGGUACUGACUGACUGUAUCGACUGCCUGAUCUCCGUCCCUCUGUCCCCCGCCAUCAUCCAUUGCCCUCUCCCACCACCGCCCCGUCAUCUGCUCCCCCCUCAGACGAGACCGGCAGCAUUGCUAUUGCCCGUAGCUUAGACAUUGUGUGCGUUGUGGUCACCGCAAGAACGUUGAUUGAUUUGCCUGGGAGCGGCGCAUAUCUCGACGACCCGCGAGGACGACGACGACGACGACUUCGCUUGCCUCUUGCGCUCCGUGCAGCCGCGCCACGUGGAAUAACGGUCACUGCCAUCUCAGACCCUCGAAUCCUUCUUCUGGAAGUGCCCUCCAACUUCAUUCCUACCUGACCUGACCUGACUUCUGCGAGAGACGAGCUUGCCAUCACCGACGAGCUUAGCACAUCGACCACAACCACCACCACUCCUUUCAGCACUCCCCUCACUCUCACCACCUGGCCGGCGGCGGCAGCAGCAGUCUCGAACAUCACGGGCUUCACAAGCAACUCGAACUUCGCUCCCUUCUACAACCUUUUGGAAGAUAUCCAUCCACACCAGAGCUCAUUGGUAAGACCUCCUGUGCGUUGUCUGUCGUUGCAUUGGCGGCUCCAUCGCACUGCUGGCCUGGGCAUUUCGCACUCCGGUCUGGCCUAGAUCCUGCUCCCUGCAAACCAUCCUCCACUCGACAUCACAGUUUUUCUUCCCCCUCACAAGCAAACACGAUGGCAGGUUAUGGUCAUCUCCCUAACACUCACAACUUGCGGUUCGGCACGCAGCCUCGCCGUCAGCAUAUAGCUGACCGUGGAUACAAGAACAUGGCAGCCAUGGACUCGAAGAACACCGGCUACAACCGCCAGCAGACUGGCUACAACAACGGCAACAUGUACAGCAACCAGCAGUACGCCACUCGUGGCCAGCAAGGUCAGGGCUACGGCAUGCAGCACAACCCACAAUCCGAUCCUAUGGGGGCUCUCGCUCAUGGGUUCCAAGGCAUGAACAUGGGCAACCAGUCGUUUGCGGCUCAGGCUAAGAACGCCAUGAUGUCGACUGCUGCCAACAACGGCUACGGAGGCCUCCCCGUUGCAACUUCGAUGGCGGCCUCGAUGUACGGCGCUGGCGGACAGUACAUGUACCCCAACAACUACGGCGCUGCUGCUAACUCCCAAUCUCCUGGCAUGUACACCCCCCACGCGACUCAGUACAUGCCGCAGCUCAACUACGGCGGCUACCAACAGCACGACAACAGCCCGCUGUCUCAGAACUGGACUCCUACCACUGCCGGUGCCACUGGCGAGGUUCCCACGCUCAUCACACCACGCCGUGGCUCCAUCUCGUCGAACGAGAACGAUCAGCCAACCACGCCUUCGUACGCCGGCUAUCCAUUCUCUAACAAUGGCGUUGCCAUCAACCGAUCCCCCAGUGGCGUCUUCACCCACAGCACUCCAUCGCCAACGUCCAUGAUGGGACCAUAUGGCAUGCCUGUGGCGAAGCAGCCUGAGCAGAGCGACGUGUCUCCACGCAUCAAGAUGCUCAUUGCACGUGAGCCGCCGAUUCCUCGAGCCAUCCCCGCUCCUUCCUCUCCACUGAAGCCACUCGAUCGUGCUCUCGAGAACCAGCGAGGCGAGACGAACGUCUACAUUCGUGGCCUGCUGCCCGAGACCACCGAUGAGAUGCUUGAGUCUUGGGGUAGUCGGUUUGGUGACAUCAAGAGCUCGAAGUCCAUCAUUGACCUCAACACUGGUCUGUGCAAGGGCUUUGGCUUCGUCAAGUACCACAACUAUGAGGACGCCGAGAACUGUAUCCGUGGAUUCCACUACCUGGGUUACGAAGUCAGCUUCGCCCGCGAGUCGUUCUACUCGAAGCUGAAGACCUUCUCCGACGAAGCUAACACCAACCUCUACGUGUCCAACCUUCCGAAGUCCAUGAACGAGCACGAGCUGGCCAAUCUCUUCCAGCCACACAAGGUUUGCUCUUCACGCAUCCUUCGUGACAAGAACGGUAACGGUCGUGGCGUGGGUUUCGCUCGCUUCGAGACGCGCGAUGUCUGUGAGGAGGUCAUCAAGAUCUUCAACAACCACACCAUCAAUACUGCUGGCGAGGAACUCCAGGUCCAGAUCCGCUACGCCGACACGCAGGAGCAGAAGUUACUCAAGCAGCAAACACAGGCUGCCCGUCAGUUUCGGUCAGCAGAAUACGAGUACGCCACACAGGCUUGGCGCCAGGGCCGUCUUCCAUACGCUGGAUCGACCGUACACGACACUACCCAGAACACGAACGAGUUCGACCAGUACUUGGGCACCACUUCAGCUGUCCCAAUUCAGGGCCAGCGUUGGGCCCAGUCAGCAAUCCGCCAGGUACCCGGGCGUAGCCCUCUCGGUGCCGUGCCGUUCACCAACGCUGCUCAGCCUCCACUUGUCCAGAUAAAUGUCGCUUCUGGUGCUGAGAAUCCGACUGCCACACCCGAGAACACUGCCGAUGCAAAGCAUACUGCUACUUCUCCCGCGACUGCUCAUGCACACAGUCCGGUGGACUCUGCGGCACCAUCUUCUGAAGAGUAAGGAUGACACUGCCGGCCAUCCUCUCUUCGUCCUAUCACUACUGUCAACGACACGAAUGCACUCUGUACAAUAUCACGAGUAGACGAAUGGUGCCACGAUCCCACGAUUGACCACGACGGCAUGCACUGCGGCACCCGGACUUCUGCAUUUCUACAGCAUGCUGCGUUUCUGUUCAACUAGUCACUCACUUUCCACAACAACAAUAUGGACAAUUCAACAGAGUGAUAUGGCGGCAUCUACAUGUUAACAUGAUCAUCAACAAUGUGUGUUGUCAUGCCUUCGGUGGCUGGCUUGGAAUGGUUUCGUACUUAAGUUUUUACAAUAUGUUAUCGGUUCUACUUUGUUCACGUUAUCGGCGGCGGUGAGGCUCGGCCUUCAAGACUACGGCCUCCACGGGCAUCAUCGGACAUCAGAUUACACGGGCGGCACUGCAUGGGAAGUAAUGGUAAUUUUUGCUGCGAUUGUUUUAUACAAUGUUCAUGAUUCGGCUGCAUGAACAAGUAAAUACAGUGGUACAAAG